AUGCCGGCCCGAGAGCUGGGGGCCUCUGUUGAUGCUCCCAAUGGACCGCAAGGUGUGGGCACGACUCUACUGAGGAAGCACAAGAUACUCCCCCAUCCGCGAGAGGUUCGCUUUCCAGAAGUGUACCCUCUGCCUCGUGCCACAAAGCCCCGCGAUCUUGUCAUAGACACAGGCAAUUCCUCCAUAUCCAGCUCAGAUACAUCGAGUCCGCGAAUGUUGAAACACGCGUCCAAAAGGAUAGGUGCUCUGCCCCCAACCCCUCCAACUCAUUCACGGCAAUCCUCAGGAUCUCACCCUACGAUCACCGCAGCACCUAGAUUCGAUAUUGCAUCCAUAAAAACGCCGACAGACGUUCCAUCUGCACCAAGCACGCCACCAGGUCAGAAAAGUCCACCCACUCCAGAUGUCACCCCUCCAAGAGCGAUGCCCUUGGCGUUUCGUCCUCCCGGCAGUGACCGAUAUCCAUCUUCGCGCACCGACUCGUUCAAAACUGCUCGAGAGCACCCAGAAUCCUCAGAGGAAGAUGAAGUGUCAGAGCCCACCGUGAGACCGGUCCUCCCUUCAGCAAGAACAUCAGCAGUGGAGGUGCCCCAAGUCCCGCAAAGGCCCUCGAAACCCAAAGAAGUGGGAUUAGGACUGGGCUUAGAGUCUGAUAAUGAAGGAGCUACAACACCCAGAGCAAAAGUGGAUAGAUCACAGGAGGAAUUUGUUGUAUUUGAUGGAGAAUGGGGAUCGACAGAGGAGGUAAGCGAAGUCGAACGGGAAUGGGACGACAAUCUUAUGAGGAAUGUGACUGUCCGUAAGAGGCCUGCUCGUAAACUACAAAUGUUGACAGACGGGCCUUCGGGAGAUGUUUUGGAGGAUGAUGUUGUUUCCCCAACAGCGGCAACCAAGGUUGUGAGGAGUCUACCGUUACAAGAGCGAAUUGCAAGACAUCGGCUGCAAAGGGACGCGUCUGACCAAACGCCCGGUGGAAAAUUUGGGGAACGCAGGGUUUGGCCUACACCUGUUGUACAUCCAGAAUCACCAUCAACGCCAGACGUCCGGAGAUUCUCGGCCAUGUCAGGACGUUCAGUGAGUUCCACAGUCAUAGAGGCCAUGGUUGUUGACGCUCCACCGACAAGACGAAAGACUCUUCGACACAGUAAGAAGCAGCUCGGGUUGAGAGAGUUCAGUUCGGACCAGUCGACAGUUACUUCUGGCCCAGACUCGGUUGGGUCGAGUGAAGCUCCACACCGCCUGCAUCACUCCAUGGCAAGGAUCCCGGAGAAAAGGCAUCGAAGCUUGGCCUCAAAUGCCACCAUAACCACAACCUCUUCAACAAUUCCAGUUGUCGUUAUCCCUGAUCGACGCUCAUCUACAAGAUCCUCAAGACCCCCCUCGCUCAGAUCUACAAGCAGCCGGAGGACCAAGCGUAGCAUGUCUCUUAAUUCGGCGCCGUUGUCCCAGUCAUCGAAAUACAACGAUCCUGGUUAUUUUGAUACCGGUUCUGGAAAUUCAGUCCGAACGAUAGAUUUUCCUCCAAACAUCCCGGCUAGAAGCUCAUCACUCUCCGCUCCCACUAGUCGCAAUACGUCGAGGGCUGGAUCUCUAACUGCUGAGAGUCUCAGGGCUCACAACACGAUCCAAGCCCAAAACAAAGAAGUAGCCAAAGAAGUUAAGCCUGAGCCAGUCCAAAGCCACCCAUCGCCCGAAGAAGAGGUAGAGACAGACAAUGUGCCACCUCUGAACGUGGAUCAUAACUUUGAUCAUAACGGAGAUCCCUUCUUUGGAAAACGACUUUCUACGCAAGUCACACCAUUUUCUCAGGCAUCCUACGAAACUGCCGGCACUACUGCAGAGGUCUCAGAAGCCUUGGCUGUGUCUAUAUUUCCACACCAGAACAAGUCAGUCCUGGUUGUGCAGCAGAGAGCGUCAUCUGACCCGUCACCUCCUAAUCUCAAGGCUAUCGAUACAACACAGCAGCCCAAGGCCAACGGGUCAGCUUCUAUGGGCCCAGUGACGCCCCCACAACCAAUAUAUUCAAUGGAUGAAAUCGAUUCUCCUCUCAGGAACCCCCGAGCGCCUCCUGAACCACCAGCGAUCAAGUUCAUUCCGCCCACGCCGGCUGCACUGACUCCUGGAGACGAAGAGAAUCGCCAGCUGGGCCAUAAUCUGGAUGAUAGGCCUUCUACUUCAAAUGACAAACCUAAGAGGGGUUUGUCAUUGAUGCGUCGUGCUUUCAGCAAUCGUCGCAAUUCAGAAUCAGCUGCUCAUCAGCCGGGUCUCCUCAAACGCACAUUUUCGUUGAGUAACACCCCACGGAGAGAUUUGACGGAUCAUUCAACGCAAACCUCGAAAGAGACUGCCAAUCCGUCAACGCUAUAUCCCUCAGUUGCUGAUCGCCCUGCUGAUGGAAGCAAAUUGCAUCCUUUCUGGAGACCCGCCCACUUCUGGGAUGAUCUUGAAGAUCAGGAGUCUGAUGAUGACGACGAGUUCAGCCAGUACCCACCUGUUGAUAACAGACCUCCACUGCCAAAACGAAGCUUCAGUCAAAAGUUGAAGCGGACCUUCGCCAUUUUGCCCAUCGAGGAUGAUGAUUAUGAUUACCUGCCCUCUGCGGUAGAUCGUCGAACUAUGAGGAGAACCCCGAGUGGAAAUAUGAGAGUUGUCAAACAGAGGAGUAACACAAGUCUCAGAAGGGACGCAAGUGACAGGCAGCAGUACGCUGUUGCGCGGCCAGUGAGCGGACCUUCCGAGGGUUCGUUUGGGUACGGUUUCAAGGAAGGAAAUGGCGGGAGGAUCCACACCAUCCCGGGUUUGGGUAUUAGGAUAGAGUACAUUGGAUGGGGAGGGAUGCGGAGGCGGAUGAGUGAGCGGAGAAGACAGCAACGAAGCGAGAAGCUCAGGGCUAGCAUCAGCGGUCCAAAGGGCGUCCAGAGCGGCGUCGACGAUGUUUUACGAACGAGAACUCAAUGA